AGGAACAGCAGUGACCAACAGAGACUGAAUGUUUCUCAUUUAUCUAUAUUUCAGCUCAGGAGUCACACCAGGAUGCAGGAUUCCAGCGUUGCUCUCUGAUGGCUUUGCUUCAUAAGAACAUGAGUUCUCAUUAACCUCCAGACUUUCGCCAACUGAGCAGCAGGGGAUUCACCUCCCAGUUCCAGUGGAAUGGUUGCAACAGAGCUGAAAAGAGUAGCGGCCGGUGGAGGAAGAGAGCAGCGUUUCUUCCGGACACGAAGAACACAGAAGAAGUCUCACAAGAAGCUUCAAGUUGUCAUCUGUGUGCUGCUGGUGGAGCUGUGUGAAAGGUUUACAUUCUUUGGGAUUGUGUGUAACAUGAUUCUGUUCUGCACCGUGAAGCUUGGCUAUGACAACAACCUGGCUGCAACCAUCAACCUGUGUUUCAUAGGAGCCAGCACUCUGACCCCUGUUUUUGUUGGCUGGGUUGCAGAAACCUGCUUAGGAAGGACUAAGGUUCUUUACUUGUGUGCUUUUCUUCACUUCUUUGGCACAGCCAUGCUGCCAGUGGUUGCCUUUCCAUUUGAGGAUUUCUACAUUGAUACUCAUCACAUGACCCACAAGCUGGACCCCAUGGAGCAGCAGAUCUUUUUUUACAUGGGCCUCCUGGCCGUCGCACUGGGCAUCGGUGGCAUCAGGGCCAUCCUCUGUCCGAUGGGGGCCUACAGCCUGCAGAGCUACAACCAGCACCAGCUCCUGUCGUUCUUCAACUGGUUCUACUGGUUGGUGAAUCUCAGUUCCACUGUUGUGUUCUUAGGCAUCGCUUACAUCCAGCAGUCUGUGGCCCAAAACCUGGGCUUCCUCAUCCCUUUCACCUCUGUUCUGCUAGCACUCAUCGCCAUCCACAUGAUGCGCAAUAAACUCACCUACAAACCCAAGAGAGGUGGAUCCUUACUGACCACACUCGGAGUUUUCCUGAACUCUUUCAAAUUGUGCUGCCUCCGUCAUCACCACCUGAGUGGACAUGUGGUGUCCUGGCUGGACCGGGCCAAGGAGAACAAUGGCGGGCGUUACAGCGAGACGCAUGUAGAAAACGUCAAGGUCUUGGUGAAACUCUUCCCUCUCUAUGGGCUUCAGCUGCUGUAUAGAGUCUGCAUCACACAGAUUCCCUCAGGUUACUACAUACAGACAAUGAACUCCAACCUCCACCUCAAUGACCUUCUGUUGCCCAUUGGUGCCAUGAAUGUCAUCAGCAUCCUACCUCUGCUGUUCUUAGCCCCAGUGAUGGAGUUUGUGGCCACCUACUUCCUCUCCCUGGAGAGAACUCCGCCUGCACCUGCACGAGUCAUAACUUUGGGCCAUGCAUGUGCUGCUAUGUCUGUCCUGGUGGCAGGUUUGGUGGAGAUUCACAGGAAGGCCUACCCACUGGUGGAGCAGACCCUGUCCGGAAAGGUCCUGCAUGUGUCAUCCAUGCCUUGUUUCCAGCUGGCACCUCAGUACAUCCUUCUCGGUGUAGCUGAGGCCCUUGUCACUCCUGCAUGUUGCCUUAUAUCCUUCCAGCUGAUUCCGAGCCACAUCAGGGGGAUCUCGUUGCACUUUCUCACUUUAUCCUAUGGAGGGGGCUGUUUACUCAGUGCUUUCAUCAUUCAGCUGGUGUAUUUUUGCUCUGGAGGAAACUUCUACCCUAACUCUCUGCAUGAAGGAAACCUGGAGAAAUUCUUCUUCCUUCUGGCUUCAUUGAUGACGAUAAAUACUUUCCUGUUCUGGAGAAUAUCAUAUAGGUACAUGGAUCUGAGUGUUCAGGGUAAACCCAUGAGCAGCAGCUCUCUGUCUGAGAAGCUGCUGCAUUAUAAGGCCACACUGCGCUUCUAUGAUACCAUUGAACAUUUCUCCACCGAUUCUGUUCUAUGAACGCUUUUGCUGAAACCCUAUUAGUGGCGCUGGCGCUGCACUUUUGUGCCUCAGUAAUGCAUAAAAUGUUAUGUUGUGGAACACAAACUGUACAAGUCCUCAUGUCUGUAAAUAUUUAUGAUUUUUUUUUUACUGAAAUUAACCAUUUUAAUUAAAUGGUUGUGAUGAAAGACUGUUUCAGUUGAAUUUUACAAUCAAUGUGAAAAGGUAAACUAAUAUAGACAUAUUACAAUAGAAUACGAAAUGUGUGAUAAUACAAAGAUAUGCUUUAUUCAAGUUUAAAAAUGUGAAUCAACAAACAUUGUUCAGACAUCAGAAUAAAUCUUAAAACAUUUCUAAGUAGGCGUGUACAGGAAUAAGAAACAAUCAUUUCAAUGCAAUAAUAAGCUGACUGCAAAAACUUCAAUAUCUAAAGCUAAAAGGAAGCAUGAAGUCUGUAAUCAUUACAUCUAAAGUCAGUAAAGCAUUUCCACUCUUGUGAUUUAACAAAGAUUUUAACACCAAAGUGUGUGCUGUCUGUGCAUAUAUAUAUCAAUAAAACAAAGUAA